AUGGCAUCGCAGCCACCGAACAAGGCCAAAGCAUCACGAUGGGGCUCGCUGCUCUCGGGCGCCGUCGCCGGUCUCGAAUCGCGUCUGGACACAAUCCUAGCCGAGGACAACGAAGCGUCUGCUCGCAGCAGAGCCCAGGACAAGGCUGCCACUGUAGAGAAGCCAUUGGCCGAGAAGCCUGCUGCUCUUGCAGUCCCCACCGCUUCUACAGAUGUUUCGCGUAGUCCGUCGCGCUCUCGUCUGAACGACCGCCUACAGGAAAGACUGGCCAAGGCGGUUGCCAGCCAGAACCCUUCUCGUUCCUCGACUCCUCUGAACCAACCUGCUAGUCCCAGGUCCAGUCUCGACUCGAGACAGUCGACUGACAUACCGCGGCCCCUUCCGGAAACAAAAGAUGAUAUCACAUCAACCCCCGUCGCUGACGUUCCGGUCCUUGAUGUCUCGGAUUCAAUCAACGACACUUCCGCAGGACUCAUACCUGAGCCGCCAGCUGUUGACUCCGCCCCCGCGCUCGUAGUCACCGAAGCUCCUCCCACUCUCUUGACCUCAGGUCUACCCAUAAACCCCGCUCGCAUCUCCAAUGACAGCGAAAGCAGGCCCUCGCUCGAGCUCGACGAUGAAGCUCAAACUAGAGAGUCGGUUCAAGAGCUCAAGGAAGAAGAACCCGAAGCCAUAGUACCGAGAGAUGUCUCUGAUCAAGACAACGAGCUUGCACAAUUGCGCCAGGAGAAUGCCGAAGCCGAAAAACAGAGGCAGGAAGAAAUGCUUGCCAACCUCGAACGUAUCGACGCUCUUCAAGCCAAACUACACUAUCUCGCAAAGGAGACGGUUGCUGCUGCGAAACAGGCAAACUCAUCUCAGGCCACUCCUCAGGAGCGCAAACUUGCGGAAAAGGAUGAGCGUAUUGCUCUAUUGAUGCAAGAGGGUGAAAAGCUAAGCAAAGUUGAGAUGCGACAAGGCGCCGCUAUCAAGAAGAUGCGCUUGAAGACUCAACAAGACGACAAGGCCAUGGCCGAGCUCCGGAAAAGUCUUGCUAGACUUGAAGAUUCCGAAUCGGACCUGAAGCAAAGGCUGAAGCGGACUGAGCAAGCUGAAAAACAGAGCACCGAGCAUCUAAAGCGAUUCUCAAAUCUUGAAAAAGACCUCGAGAGUCACAAGUCGGAGCUCGGGGGUAGCAAUGCCACAAUUGUUAAUCUUCGAAGUCAAUUGCUCGAGGCUGAGAGAAGAGCCGAGGAAGCCGAGUCUAAAGCAAAAGACAGCGUAGUCCAAGCAGACACCAACAAGCUGUCUGCCAUCCAGGAACAGCUCGAGGACGCGACAUUGGAAAAGAAGCUAGCAGAUGAUAAGUGGGGCGCAGAAGUUAAGCGAGUCACUGAAGAAGCUCGUCAGCAGAAGCAGCAGGCCAACUUUCGUGAAACAGAGCUUACCAACGAAAUAUCGGUAAGUUUAUGCCGUGAUAUAUGUCAGCUUGUGUAUGGUGCUCACGUGCAGUGUAGANACUAUGAAAGCCGUCUCGAAGCACUUCGCGUUCGUGCUGAAGAAGCGUCUUCAGAUGUAGGAGGGGACUCUCAGGCCAAACUCCUUCGUCAGAUCGAAACACUGCAGACUCAAUACUCUUUGGCAGCAGAGAAUUGGCGGUCUAUUGAGACCUCGCUAAAUGGACGUAUCGCUGCCAUCGAAAAGGAACGAGACGAAGCGACAAAGCGUGAGGCUGACGUACGCAAGAAAGCUCGCGAUAUUAGCAGCAAAGCCAAGCGAUUUGAAGAACAACUCGAAGAGAUGACCGAGGAGUCUCAACUUUUGACCUCGCAACUUCAAGCUAGCAAGGCCGAGCUGAAGAAAUUGCAAUCACGUCUCGAAACUGCAGAGAUGUCACUGAAUGAAGCAAGAACAGAUCUCGAUCGCCAAAAGCAGACAUUCGAAACAGAGUUGAGUCAAAAGCUAGAAGAAGAGAGAACAAGGCAACUAUCGCAAGGCCUGGGCAUCGCCAGUCCCAGCAACGGAGUCAUGGCCUCACGAACACAGUCUCCAACCAGCUAUUUCCGGAAGCAACCGCCGCAGGAUCCUUAUGGGUCUGUACAAUCACGCCGGGGACUCUCACGUAUACCUUCCCAGGAGCAAACAACAACUCUCUCGAUAGACCGCUCAGUAUCCCGCCGACCAUCAACCCUCACACCCGGCCUGAUAACCUCACGUACACCCAUGACUCCCGACUUUCCCUCGCCAAGCGUCAGCAGACAAGGCUCCAUGUUCUCUCUAGCUCAACUCAUCAAUGGCGGANAACGGAGCAGCACCACAAACCCCUCCAUCCGCACCACCAACGACGAUGUCGACGACAACUUUGACAACCGCUCGAGCCCACAACAAACGAUCAACGAUGUUAUUAGUGCCUCUACUGUACACACAGGCCCCAGUGUGCAGCUGGUCCAACACAUGUCAUCCAAAAUCCAACGUCUCGAAGCCGAAAAGUCAGCCCACAAAGACGAACUCACACGUUUGGUCACCCAGCGCGAUGAAGCCAGAGACGAGGUGGUUUCUAUGAUGCGCGAGAUAGAAACCAAACGUAGUGUCGACGGCAAGACCGACAAACUCGAGCAAGAGCUUGGGCAAGUCAGACAGAGAUACGAAGCCUGUCUUGAGAUGCUGGGAGAAAAGGAAGAGGAAGUGGAGGAGUUGAAAAGUGAUCUUGUGGAGGUCAAGAAGAUGUAUCGGGAGCUUGUCGAUAGGAACAUGAAGUGA